AUGACAACAUCACCCACCAAUCUCGAUUUUGGCCAUGUGCCCUUCUUGGACUUGGCCUACGACAACAAUGAAUCACAGGACUCGGCUCGAAAACUCAUCCUGACACUCAUGCCAGACUGGGCGAGCCAAGAUUCGAAUGUUGAAUUUGUGCGUUUUACUGAUGGCAUCACCAAUACUCUGCUUAAAGCCGUCAACCACCGUCCUGGCAUGUCCAAGCUUGAUGUUGACCGGGAUGCUAUCCUACUCCGAGCCUACGGUCAUGGAACUGCCGUUCUCAUUGACCGUGAACGUGAGGCUGAGAACCAUGAGCUGCUCAUGAAAUAUGGUCUUGCUACUCAGUUGCUUGCCCGUUUCAAGAAUGGCAUGAUGUACCGUUAUCUCCUGGGUAAACCUGCACGUGCCCAGGAUCUUCGUGAACCUCUAAUACUGUCUGCCAUCGCUCGUCGUCUUGCACACUGGCACGCAACUGUGCCUUGCUUGCCGGACCCCAACCAUAGUCGGGACGACAGGCAUGUAAAUGGCGAGACCAAACUCAAUGGGCUUGCCAAUGGUAACACCAGCACCAAUGGCGAUAGCCAGACCAAGGGGAAUACCAACGGUAUUAUGAAUGAAAACAACAAGUCUCGCCAAGAACAGAUUGAUAAUGCAGCCCCUGGAAAAGCUCCGCCUAACAUGUGGACAACCAUGCAGAAAUGGAUUUUCGCCUUGCCCACUGAUACGGACGCUCAGCGACAGAGGCAAGCACUGCUGCAGGCGGAGUUGCAAGAGAUGGUCCAGAAACUGAGCCAGCGGCCUGGCUUGGGCAAGAACGGGCUUGUAUUUGCGCAUUGCGACCUUCUGUGUGCCAACGUUAUCAUCCACGAAGACGAUGAGGCUGCUCCUACCGUCGACUUCAUCGAUUACGAGUAUGCUACACCAUCGCCUGCGGCUUUUGACGUGGCGAACCACUUUGCAGAGUGGGCAGGAUAUGACUGUGACUACUCGGCUGUACCCAGACAGGAUCAACGACUUGCAUUUGUGAGGGAGUACAUCAAAUCUUACUUUUCUUUAACCGGCGAGGAGGUCGAUGAAGAGGAAGAGGUUCGGAAACUCAUGACCGAGGUCGAUGCAUACCGAGGAGUGCCAGGGUUUUACUGGGGUAUCUGGUCCCAAAUCCAAGCUGUCAUUUCCAAGAUUGACUUUGACUAUGCUCAAUAUGCUGAACUGCGAUUGAGUGAAUACUGGGCAUACAAGGGCGAGGAGGAUGGCAGCCGAAAAGCUUCAGGCCAAGAAAUGCCAUUGAGGGAAAAGACUUGGUGGCGCGCCGAGUAG